AUGCCCUCUGCAGAUGCUGCAGCAUGUCCAGCCCAUGCGUCCAAGGCUGUCACAAAUGGCGAGGCCAAACCCAAUGGUCACGGGUGCCCCGUCCCCACCCAUGUCACUCCGGAGGACAUCCAGUCCAAUGUGAGAGAAGAAGUCAUUGAUCACUCCAAGCUGCUGCCGAUUCCGAAGCCACCGUACAAGAACUUCUUCGGCGUCAUGGGCCACCUGGCGGAUCUGGAUCGCGUUCUUCCAGUACAGUCCUACUGGAAAUUCAUGGACGAGUAUGGGCCCAUCUUCCAGCUCGAUCUGGGCAUGACAUAUCCCAGAGUGUUUGUGGGCAGCCGCGACCUUGUCGACGAGAUGGCCGAUGACACGCGCUUCACCAAGUUCACUCACCGGCUGCACCAAGAAAUGAGAGCUGUCUUUGGUGACGGUCUAUUCUCGGUCGAGUCGACAGAUCCUGCUUGGGGGAAGGCACAUAGAUUGCUCCGGCCCGCGUUAGGGCCUGUUGGAUUGCGCGGAAUGUUUGAUGAUAUGCAGGAUCUCGCGGCUCAGCUCGUCUUAAAGUGGGAUCGAUUCGGUCCAACCCACGAGAUCGAGGUAAUUGAAGACAUGUCGCGCCUAACAUUCGACACCAUUGGCCUCUGCGCCUAUGGUUACCGCUUCAACGAGUUCUACUCGGAGGACCCACACCCGUUCCAGAAGCAGCUCAAGGAAGCCAUCGUCGAGUCCGGGCGGCGCGCUAACCGCCCCGAUCUGAUGAAUUCGCUCUACUAUUACAAAGACGAGCAGCACAGGCAGGAAAACAUCACCAAGAUCCGGGAGCUUUGUCGCCAGAUCAUCCAGGAGCGUAUCGACAACCCUAAGCCGGACGCCAAGGAUCUCCUUAACAUUAUGAUCCACGGCGUCGACAAAGUGUCGGGAGAGAUGAUGGGCAUUGAGAACGUCAUGUACCAGAUUCCCACCCUACUCGGCGGUGGGUACGAGACCACGAGCUCCACCCUCUCCUUUAUCUGGUACCUCUUGUGCAAGAACCCCGAGACCCUCCGCAAGGCGCAGGAGGAGGUCGACAAAGUCGUCGGCGAGGACGUUCUCACAUACGACAUGAUCCGUGAGCUGAAAUACCUUGACGCCUGCAUGAAGGAGGCCCUGCGCAUCCAGCACCCAGUGAGCCUGCUCACCAGGUUCUCCACCCGCGAAACCGUCCUCGGCGGAAAGUACUUCAUCAAGAAGGGCCAGAUGGUGUCGGGCAUUUGGCGCCACUUUCACCGGGAUCCCGACGUGUGGGGCCCCGACGCCGACGAAUUCCGUCCGGAACGCAUGUUGGAGGUCAAUUUUUCCAAGAUGCCACCAAACGCGUGGAAGCCUUUUGGUGACGGUUUGAGGGCCUGCAUCGGCCGCGGUUUCGCCGAGCAGGAGAUUCUCAUCUGCAUGGCCAUGGUGCUGCAAAAGUUCAAUGUCGAGUUGGUUAAGCCAGACUACGAGCUACAACUCACAGGUCAGAUGGGCGUCAAGCCGGUCGACCUUAAGAUCAGAGUCCGCCGGCGCCAAGGCCGAACCCUCACGCUGGGCAUCCCAGGGGGUGGUAGUGCGUCUCACCAGAACUUGGCUGUCACCGAACAGCAACCGCAGGCGAAGGUCAAUGGCACUGCCACCCAGCACGAAUCACUAAAACCCGUUUCCGUUCUAUUCAGCGGCAACCAAGGGACCUGCGAAUCUCUCGUCGAGUCAUUCGUUGUGAACGCCCGCCGCUUCAACCUCGAGGUCACGGAUAUCCGAGAAAUGGACGCCGCUGUUGAGCACCUGCCCACCGACAAGCCCAUUCUAAUCAUCACGCCAUCAUACGAGGGUCGACCCGCGGACAACGCUAAGAAGUUCGUCUCUUGGGUAGAGGCCUGGGCAUCCAAGGGCAAGCGGCUACCCGACGGCGUCAAGUUUGCCGUGCUCGGUGUGGGCAACAGUGAUUGGGUCCACACCUUCCACCGCAUCCCCAAGCUAGUCGACGAAAAGCUUGCGCAGAUUGGGGCUGAGCGCAUCAUGGAGGCCGGCUUCACUAACGUGAAGCGGGAUCUCGUCGGGUCCUGGGAGGCUUGGAGCGAGCAAUUCUGCGUCGCCAUCGCUGGGGAAGGAGCCAAGCAGAAGCAGACGGACCGCGUCGGCGUGGACGUCGUCAUCGAGAAUGCUCAUCUCAAGACUCCCCAGCAGGCGCUAGAUGGGGAGCAGGUAAUCCUCGGCACUAUCGUCGCCAACCACCAGCUAGCAGAUGCUUCUGUGGGCUCGGCGAAGCGGCACCUCGAGGUCCGUCUCCCUCGUGGGUCGGAGUACAGGUCUGGAGACUACCUAGUUGUCCAAGGGCAGAAUCCCGACGACACUGUCUCCCGUGUGAUGAAGAGGUUCGGCCUCAGCUCCGAUGACGUUAUGAGUGUCCCACUCAGCAAGAAAUCGUUUCUUCCCACCCAGCCGACGGCGGUCGAGGAUUUCCUACGGAAGAACGUCGAGCUCGCCGUGCCCAUCACGAAAAGGCAGCUCGCGACUCUCGCUACUUGGGCUAGCGAGAACAGCGUAGAGAGGACGCGCCUCAACAUGAUGCAAGAAGAGUCUAUCUAUCAGGGACUGCUGGACAAGCGGUACUCGAUCCUCGAUGUUCUGGAGGAAGUGCCUGGACUUAGUCUGCCGUUUGGUGUUUACAUCGACCUCCUGCUCCCACUGAUGCCACGCACGUACUCAAUCGCUUCCUCGCCUCUCGACCCGCAGAGCCGCCGGCUCGAAGGAGCUGACAGCAGUAGUGGCCCUAUCGCCGCGCUAACGGUUGACGUUUUCGAGUCCCCCGCCAUGAGCGGCCAUGGCACGUUCCGCGGCGUUGCGAGCUCCUAUCUUGCCCGCCGCAGCAUCGGAGACCGGAUCCCUUGUCUAGUGCGCCAGACCAAGGAAGCCUUCCAGCUGCCGGUUAAUACCAAGACGCCAAUCAUUAUGCUUGCCGCAGGGUCCGGUAUCGCGCCAAUGAGGGCCUUUAUCCAAGAGCGUGCUGCCGCAGCCAAGCAGGCGAAAGCUGGAGAGGCGAGUCUGGGACCCGCUCUCUUCUUCUACGGCUGCCGUCACCCUGAAAAGGAUUACUUGUAUCGCGCGGAGCUGGAAACGUGGGAGAAGGAUGGUCUUGUCGAGCUCAUUCCGUGCUUCUCCAAGCCGAGUGGCGGGAAGAAGGGAGGGCGUCAUGUUCCCGACGCGCUGUGGGAGGACAGGGAGCGUGUUUGGAAGUUGUUCGGCGAGGGGGCCAAGAUCUACGUUUGUGGUAGUGCGGCCAGGCUGGGAAUGAGCUCCGCAGAAACGUGGCGACGGAUUUGGAGGGAGAAGACGGGGAAGAGCGAGGUCGAGGCACUUGAGUGGUUGGAGCAGGUCAAGAGCAGUCACCAGUACGUCAGUGACGUGUAUUAG